AUGCAAGCCAAAUUAAUUAAAUAUGCGGAGAUCCAUAAUAAUGAAGGAGGGGAAGAGUGGAGGAGAAGGAACGAGGGAACGAGAGAACGAGGGAGCGAGGGAACGACGGAACGAGGGAACGAGGGAACGAGGGAGCGAGGGAGCGAGGGAGCGAGGGAGCGAGGGAACGAGAGAACGAGGGAGCGAGGGAGCGAGGGAACGAGAGAACGAGGGAGCGAGGGAGCGAGGGAACGAGAGAACGAGGGAACAACGGAACGAGGGAACGAGGGAACGAUGGAACGAGGGAACGAGGGAACGAGGGAACGAAGGAACGAGGUAGCGAGGGAACGAGACAACGAGACAACGAGAGAACGAGGGAGCGAGGGACGACGGAACGAGGGAACAAGGGAACAAGGGAACGAGAGAACGAGGGAACGAGGGGACGAGAGAACGAGAGAACGACGGAACGACGGAACGAAGGAACGACGGAACGAGGGAAGGAAUGAACGAAGGAACGAAGGAGCGAAUAAGCGAAGGAAGAGGGGACGAGGGAACGACGGAACGAGAGAACGACGGAACGAGGGAACGAGGGACGAGAGAACGAGGGAACGAGGGAACGAGGGAACGAGGGAACGAGGGAACGAGGGAACGACGGAACGACGGAACGAUGGAACGACGGAACGACGGAACGACGGAACGACGGAACGAGGGAAGGAAUGA